GGCAGGCUGAGGACCUACACACUUCACCCAACAAGAGUCAAGGACUGUUUGAACAAAGGCACUGGAAGGACAGAGAGUUUGACUUGGGCUGAGAGAUAUAAGACUGGGCAUGACGGUGCGGGCCAAGCAGAGGGUGUAGCCACAUCUGGCAGAGCGCUGAAGUAAGCAGGAGCCUCGACACACCAAACCAACUACUGCAGUCAGGGAAAGAUGGGAGAGACAGAGGAGGAUAAUGUGGGGAAGCUGUUUGAGGACUUUGUUCAGGCCUCGACCUGCAAGGGAACGCUGCAGGCCUUCAACGUCUUGUGUAGAAAGUUGGACCUCGACCCUGCAGAUAACAGCACCUUCUACAGUAGCCUGAGGGCAAAGGUCACCACUUGGAAGGCCAAAGCACUGUGGACUAAACUAGAUAAGAGGAUGUGCCAUAAGGAAUACAAGAAAGGCCAGGCCUGCAUGGGUACCAAGUGCCUUAUCAUUGGAGGAGGUCCCUGUGGCCUACGGACAGCCAUUGAGCUUGCCUUGAUGGGUGCUAAAGUUGUGGUAAUUGAGAAGAGAGACUCUUUCUCCAGGAACAAUGUGCUGCACCUUUGGCCCUACACCAUCCAUGACCUGCGGAGCCUCGGGGCCAAAAAGUUUUACGGCAAAUUCUGUGCGGGGGCCAUAGACCACAUCAGCAUUCAGCAGCUGCAGCUGAUGCUUCUGAAGGUUGCCCUCAUUGUCGCAGUUGAGUUUCACAUCAAUGUGGAGUUUGUCAAGCUGCUGGAGCCUCCAGAGGAUCAAGAAAAUGAAGGGAUUGGGUGGAGGGCUGGAAUCCGACCUGCUGAUCACCCCGUGGCUAACUUUGAGUUUGAUGUUGUGGUGGGGGCUGACGGACGCAGGAAUACUCUGGAAGGUUUCAAAAGGAAGGAGUUCAGAGGUAAACUGGCGAUUGCCAUCACAGCAAACUUCAUCAACAGAAACACCACCGCCGAGGCAAAAGUGGAGGAGAUCAGCGGAGUGGCCUUCAUCUUCAACCAGAAGUUCUUUCUUGACCUCAAAGAGGAAACAGGUAUUGAUUUGGAGAACAUUGUGUACUACAGAGACAACACGCAUUACUUUGUAAUGACAGCCAAGAAACAGAGCCUGCUGGACAAGGGAGUCGUCAUUAAUGAUUACAUAGACACCCAGAUGCUGCUGUGCAGUGAAAACGUCAACCAGGAAGCCCUUCUGUGCUACGCCCGAGAGGCUGCUGACUUUGGCACCAACUACCAACUUCCCACGCUGGAUUUUGCCAUAAACCACUGCGGACAGCCAGAUGUAGCCAUGUUUGACUUCACUAGCAUGCACGCCUCAGAGAACGCUGCUCUGGCCAGGGAGAGAUUUGGGCACCAACUGCUAGUUGCACUGGUUGGCGACAGUCUGCUAGAGCCCUUCUGGCCCAUGGGGACAGGUUGCGCUAGAGGCUUCCUGGCUGCCUUUGACACAGCCUGGAUGGUAAAGAGCUGGGCUGAGGGUCGGACUGUUCUGGAGGUGCUGGCAGAGAGGGAAAGCAUUUACAGACUACUUCCGCAGACAACAACUGAAAACAUUGCCAAAAACUUUGAUCAGUACACCAUAGACCCUGGGACACGAUACCCCAACCUCAACUCUUCCUGUCUCAGGCCUCACCAGGUGCGUCACUUAUACAUCAGCGGAGAGCUGAAAUCCUGCUCUCUGGAGCGUGCUGCUACCAUACGCAGGCCUGUCAAUCUCUCCAGACGAGAGUCUGAGAUUAGACCUGCGAGGCUUCUUACCUGGUGCCAGAAACAGACGGAGGGCUACAGGAAUGUGACGAUCACAGACCUGACAUCUUCUUGGCAAAGUGGCAUUGCCCUGUGUGCCCUCAUCCACAGGUUCAAACCGCAGCUGAUAGAUUUCGAUUCAUUGAAUGAGGAAGACCAGGCUGAAAACGUGCAGCUGGCUUUUGACAUCAGUGAGCGGGAAUUUGGGAUCCGUCCAUUCACGUCUGGGAAGGAGCUGAGUGCUGGUGAGGAGCUGGACAAGACCAAGAUGAUCACCUACCUGUCCAAAUUCUACGAGCUGUUCCGAGGCACACCUUUACCUGCAUCAGGUUCCAGAGGAGUAGAUGAAAACAAUGAAGAUUAUCCAUCUAAGGAAGUCAGAAGUAAUAAUAAUGUGCUCAAUCUUGCACUGCACAGGAAACGAGUACCAAAGGAUGAGAAGAAGUCGGAUGGUACAGACCCCAUUUACAAAAGGAGGCGAAAAUUCUGCAGUUAUUUGGAGGAGGCCACCAAUCUGUCCAGUAACGGCUCCCCAGUGCAAGAAGGACAGGAACCAAAGGAGAACAAAGUGCGCUCCAUGGCUUCUCAAUUACAGGCCAAGUUUGAAAGUACACCUAGUUACACCGUACGGAAACAGAACGACUCGGUGCGAAGGGCGUUCCCCCAGUCCAGCGACAAGUGUCACUCAUGCGAGAGGCGUGUUUAUAUGGUGGAGAAGGUUUGUGCCGAGGGGCUCUACUUCCACAGGGAGUGUUUUCGCUGUUCCACCUGCAGUUCUGCCCUGCGCCAGGGAGCACAUGCCUUCGACUCCCAAGAGGGGAAAUUGUACUGUAAACUUCACUUUGAUCAACGUAACAAUGGGACAAACCUACGCAGGAAUUUAUCUCUACACUCUCUACGCUCAAAUCGUCACGGAGGUGGAGUUCAGGAGCAAUGUGCUGCAGAUGAAGAGAUUUCCUCCAGCAGAACAGCAGACUUGCAGAGUCAACCUGCAGCAGGUACCUUCAGCUCCUUCAUAAGGAAAAAGCUGAGCUGGCCGCUGAGUGUGACUCGCACUGUUUGUAACGCCCCCAAGCAUCUGUUUCACCGUGUGCGUAAGACAGCGCAGGCCGUUGCCGGCCACCUUAGGGACAACGCCCAGGACUACAUAAACCUGUAUGAGCUAAUGAGCCUGAGUUUACCCCUGCUGCUUGUGUUACAAGAGGUUCUGCUGCAGAUGUACGCAGAGGCUGUGCCUGACGAGCCAAGCUCUUUCCAGCCUCUACUGUUGUGGCUGCAGGAGCAUAUCGGCCAAAGGCUCAUCUAAAACCUCAGCUGUUAAUAGUAAACCUUGACCAUUACUCCAAACGCCAUUAUAUCUGUGGCCACGGUGCACAGUAGCUGGAGUGUUCUUGUCAUAUUAUCUUUUGUAACUGUGCACAAGCACCUUUUUGAUGUUUACUUGUCUUUUCAUGAUGAUACUAGUUUUGCUCUCAGUGUGUUUGAUGCUGUUUUGCAUCAGCCAAAACACUGUAGGUUGCACAUACAACUUUUUACAAUUUACUACAGGGGUCGAGGAGAUUUGUUUCAAUAUGAAAGCUGCACCAAAGAAUUUUGCAGUGGGUUUAAUUUGGAACCUGUACAGUAGGGUUACAAUAAGUUAAACAAAUAGAUUUAAAGUAGUCAAACUGCAAAUAAAUACCUUUCAUAGAGUAAAACAGGCCACAGUCUGCGCAUGAAAGACUUAAGACUGCUGAAAUCAUCAUUGCUGUAAAACAGAUCCUGCAGUUAAACUUGCUUUACUCAGGUCUUUACGACUGACUAACUUUGUGCACUUUAUCUUUGGGAACUGCCCUGUGGAUGUAGCAGCAAACUGUCACAUACAGUGAGACUAAAGCCUGGUGUCAUGUUAAGGCUGAACAUCUGGCAGGUUUUAUUUUGUGCUCCUACGAUAUGUUUUUUUGUUUUAAAUAUACAUAUACGCAGGUAUGUGUGUUUUACGCACAUGUUUAAUUUUUUUUAUUAUAUUUACUCUACUCUGACCACUCAUUAACUGUUUUUUUUGAUAUUUCUGUAUGGAUGAUUCUCAAACAAUCCCUCAGAGGUUUUGAUACUAUGGACUCCUCUCCCAUUUAGUUAUACUUUGCUGCCAUCUACUGUUGACUCUCAGAAAAACAAUGAAGGCAAAAAAACAAGAUACCCCACCCUCUCAAUUUUUGUAUAACAUGUCAAAGUAAAUUAAAUUAAUUUUAAAAUAGUUGAUUUCAUAGAUACUGUAGACAAUAGGCACUGGUGAGUGUGCUGCGAUGUGUUUGUAUGUAUUUGCCACUCUGCCUUACUUUUAAAGCAUAUUGUAGAAAGAUCAACUGCAAACCUCUUUGACUGGAAGACAUGCGGUUGCUUCCUAUUGAGAUAAAAAAACACUUUCUGUUAGUGCUGAUGAAGCACUUUGAAGUUGCAGACGAGUUUGUUUAAUUUUAAAAAUAUCUGUAAAUAAAUAAUGUUGGCAAAAACAUCAGGCAGUUUUUAAAGUGUUUACAGUAUGAUAUGCAGUAAUAUGUUUGUGUUUUGCUCUCAGCUACCUAAUUUUUCAUGUUGAAUUACUGAAUCUGAUACAUGUUGUUAAGAAGGAGAUACAUAUCUGGUUUACAGUGCAGCAUAGGUGAAAAACAUGUUUUAAAAUACCAAACAGCUGUUUUUUAUACACGGAUUGUACUUAUAGAACAUAAAAGUUUUACAUUUACAACAAGACAUCAGUCAUGUAGACUGUAAUCUGUACAACGGUGCCAACAAUAUUGUUUCUUCUUUUUUAUGAA